UAUCCAUUUACAAAAUCUACUCUAGGCAGGACUGCCAUUUAGCUCUGGAAAAUUAUUAACCCAUCAAAGGCUAUUUAGCCACAGUAGUUUUGCCGUGAUCUCACAGCACAAGAAGAUUCAAAUUGGCUGUCCGCUGGAUUUUUAAAAUGCAGGCUGUAGGUUAUGGCUGCUUUCUUAUAUUAUGGAUCUGCUUUUCUGCAGUGGCCAAGGCACAGAAUGAAAAAGUUUGUAGAGUGGAUCCAUUAUCGGACAUUCAGCCCAAAACCAGAGCAGUAUUUUAUCCUAAAGAAAGUGCUACAAUAGUUUGUAAGGAAUCUUAUAGAACACAGACAAAGAAGCAAUGGGAUACAGUGACCUGCGGAGAUAAUGGAUGGUCUUUCAGCACAUUCUGUGAAGAAAUUUCCUGUAGUUUUACACCAGAAGAUAAUGUGGCGUGGCUUGGUUAUGGUUAUUCUGUUCGUCACAAAUCAACGGCACCAUAUUACACCUGCAAAAAUGGAUUCAGAAAAUCGAGUCGCUCUAUUUGUGAAAUUACGGGCUGGGAGCCCCCAUUGUGUCAAGCAAUAACAUGUGAUCCAAAGAUCCCUAAUGCUAUCAUUCUGAGUGGAAUUAAAAAAUACACAUUGGGUGAGCGUCUGGAUUAUGAAUGUGAACUAUUUCACGAACCAAAAGGAAAGCAAGAAACGUUCUGUAGGGAGAGUGGCUGGGAAAAAAAGCCCGACUGCAAAGCAAUAAAAGGUUUUUGCCAAAGACCUGUUCUUGAGAAUGGAUAUCUCAUCCCAGACAAAAGCAAUCCUUCUGUCAUUCAUUACGGUUGCAUUCCUGGUUAUACACCCUCAGUGGAUGGUUGGUGGGGAGAAUUGACCUGCACGCAUAGUGUAUGGUCUGACAAUCCAAAGUGCAUUGCAUCUGAUAAAAUGUGUAAUCCUCCCCCACAUGUUGAAUAUGCAACAAUUACAUCGAAAUAUAAGACGAAAUAUACUCAUCUAUCUAAAGUGGAAUUUCAGUGUACAGAAUUGUACGAAAUUGAGGGGAACAGAGAAGUCACCUGCAGACAUGGAACAUGGAGCGCUGUCCCAAAAUGCAUUCGGUCAAAAUGCUCAAGCCCAGAGGACAAGGUCAACAAUGCAGUGCUUGUACAUAAGAAAGAAGGACCAUAUGAAAAUGGAGCAAAAGUGGACUAUGAAUGUGAAGACACGUUUAUCCCUGGAGAUGAAUCUAAAGCAAUAUGUAUAAAUGGACAAUGGAAGUAUCCACAUUGCACGAAUUACUGUGAAAAACCUGACCUGCCAAAUGGAUAUGUGGAGUCCCCCAAAAAAACAUACAUGGAAGGCGAAAUGCUGGAAUAUAGAUGCUACAGUCCAUGUGAACCCAAAACUAACAACAGUAUCACUUGUAAAAAUGGACAAUGGGAUGGCCAGGUGGAGUGUAUAUGUCCACAGAAAACGUGUCAGAAGCCACCAGUCCCGGAAAAUGGAGAUAUUGUAUCAACAGAGGUGGAAAACGGAGAGACUGUAGUUACAUAUCAAUGUAAACUCCAUUAUAAACUUAAAGAUGAGAGAAAAGUAAGAUGCCACGAGGGGGAAUGGGAACCAUUUCCAGUUUGUAUAGAUUACUGUGAAAAACCUGACCUGCCAAAUGGAUAUGUGGAGUCCCCCAAAAAAACAUACAUGGAAGGCGAAAUGCUGGAAUAUAGAUGCUACAGUCCAUGUGAACCCAAAACUAAAAACAGUAUCACUUGUAAAAAUGGACAAUGGGAUGGCCAGGUGGAGUGUAUAUGUCCACAGAAAACGUGUCAGAAGCCACCAGUCCCGGAAAAUGGAGAUAUUGUAUCAACAGAGGUGGAAAACGGAGAGACUGUAGUUACAUAUCAAUGUAAACUCCAUUAUAAACUUAAAGAUGAGAGAAAAGUAAGAUGCCACGAGGGGGAAUGGGAACCAUUUCCAGUUUGUAUAGAUUACUGUGAAAAACCUGACCUGCCAAAUGGAUAUGUGGAGUCCCCCAAAAAAACAUACAUGGAAGGCGAAAUGCUGGAAUAUAGAUGCUACAGUCCAUGUGAACCCAAAACUAAAAACAGUAUCACUUGUAAAAAUGGACAAUGGGAUGGCCAGGUGGAGUGUAUAUGUCCACAGAAAACGUGUCCGAAGCCACCAGUCCCGGAAAAUGGAGAUAUUGUAUCAACAGAGGUGGAAAACGGAGAGACUGUAGUUACGUAUCAAUGUAAACUCCAGUAUAAACUUAAAGAUGAGAGAAAAGUAAGAUGCCACGAGGGGGAAUGGGAACCAUUUCCAGUUUGUAUAGAUUACUGUGAAAAACCUGACCUGCCAAAUGGAUAUGUGGAGUCCCCCAAAAAAACAUACAUGGAAGGCGAAAUGCUGGAAUAUAGAUGCUACAGUCCAUGUGAACCCAAAACUAAAAACAGUAUCACUUGUAAAAAUGGACAAUGGGAUGGCCAGGUGGAGUGUAUAUGUCCACAGAAAACGUGUCAGAAGCCACCAGUCCCGGAAAAUGGAGAUAUUGUAUCAACAGAGGUGGAAAACGGAGAGACUGUAGUUACAUAUCAAUGUAAACUCCAUUAUAAACUUAAAGAUGAGAGAAAAGUAAGAUGCCACGAGGGGGAAUGGGAACCAUUUCCAGUUUGUAUAGAUUACUGUGAAAAACCUGACCUGCCAAAUGGAUAUGUGGAGUCCCCCAAAAAAACAUACAUGGAAGGCGAAAUGCUGGAAUAUAGAUGCUACAGUCCAUGUGAACCCAAAACUAAAAACAGUAUCACUUGUAAAAAUGGACAAUGGGAUGGCCAGGUGGAGUGUAUAUGUCCACAGAAAACGUGUCCGAAGCCACCAGUCCCGGAAAAUGGAGAUAUUGUAUCAACAGAGGUGGAAAACGGAGAGACUGUAGUUACGUAUCAAUGUAAACUCCAGUAUAAACUUAAAGAUGAGAGAAAAGUAAGAUGCCACGAGGGGGAAUGGGAACCAUUUCCAGUUUGUAUAGGUCCUUGUGUGAUAGAACAAAUACAUCCAAAAUAUAAUCUCAGGGAUCUAAAAGUAAGGACAUAUGUGUUAGAGGGGAAAAAAAUCAAAAUCAAAUGCAAAUAUGGUUAUUAUAUCAACAUAUAUUGGGACGAUGAAGUUGAAGUCAAGUGCGAAGAUGGCGAGAUUACAGGCUACAAGUCAUGCCAGCACUAUACCAAAAUCCAUUAAGAAUACGUGAGUAUGUACGUGAGACUGGGGUGUUAUUGUUAUCAACUAUCAGUUUGAUGCUGUCGAAAGAUCAUCAUGGAUUUAUACUUCUUGACUUGGAUUUAUAUUUCUGGACUUCAUUGUUUCUUUUGGUAUACCACUUUUAAUUUGUCCUCCAUUUCUGCAAGGCUCAAAAAAUUAUAACCAAGCUCUAGAUAUCAUACUUCACUUAAAUUGUCUGCAAUUUUACAAUACAUCAUGGAGCUUCAUAAAUCAUCAAAUUUGCUGAAUCAUGAUCAACAACUUAGGUUGUAUCAUGCAUUUAUGAUUAACUGUUUUGUUUUAAAUUCAUACAAUUAUGAUUCAGUGUCACCAAAUUUGGUAAACUAUCCAUAGUGAGAUUUUCAGCAAAGUGCAUCUUCCUUGCAUGCAUGCACAUGCACACGGCUUACAUUUAUUGUGCACAUCAUUUUUACCUUUAGUUUAAGAACAUACAACAUUUUUCUAAUUUUUUAGAAAACAUUAUGAAAAAACAUUUUUUUCAUGAUGUUUAUUUGUGUACUCCCAAUUUUAGAUUUGUAAUCAAACAAUUCACACGUGGUUAAAGUGAACAUUUUUACACAUUUCAUUCAGUUUCACCAUUACAGCAAAUUACAGCAGUUUUUAUACAUAAUCCCCAUUUUAGGGAACCAUAACGUUGGGGCAUAAUAAUGUUACAUAAAUGAAAGUAGUCAUGUUUAUUACUAUCCUUUGCAUGCCAGGCCUGUACUACAGCUUGUUUUGGCAGCUAGUUUCCAAGUUUUCUCUUCAGUAUAUGAAAAUCAUGUUCAAUUUUAUUCAGAUUGGGAGUAAGUUUUUCAGUUUUUGUCUUUGAAAAAUAAAUUUGUUGCUUUAGCAGUAAGUUUGGGAUCAUUGUCUUUCUAGAGAAUAAAGCACCGUCCAAUGAGUUUGGAAGCAUUUGCUUGAACUUAGAUAAAUGGCUUCUGUACACUUCAGAAUUCAUUCUGCUAUCAGCAGUUAUAUCAUCAGUGAAUACAAGUGAGCCAGUACCUGUGAUAACCAUAUUUUCCCAAACCAUGACACUCCCACCACCAUGUUUCCCAGAUGUGGUGGGGUGAGGGGUGGGGGGUGCUUUAGAUCUUGGGAAGUUCCUUUUGGCCUCCACUCUUGCCAUCACACUGAUACAAGUCUAUUUUGGUCUCAUUUGCUCUUCUUAGCAAACUGAUACCUGGCCAUCCUGUUUUGUCACUAACAAGUGGUUUGCAUAUUGCAGUGUAGCUUCUGUAGUUCUGUCUGCAAUGUUACUGACACAUCCACACCUGCCUACUGAAGAGUGUUUCUGAUCUGCCAGACAGGUGUUUGGGGUUUUUCUUUAUUACAGUUAUAAUCCUUCGGUCAUCAACGGUUGAGGUGCUCCUUGGCCUCCCAGGCCUUUUGCGAGUUCACCAGUGGUCUCUUUCUUCCUAACGAUGUUCCAAAGAGUUAAUUUUGGUAAGCCUUAGGUUUGGCCUAUGUUUUUGACUGCUCUGUCUUAUUUUUCAGCCUUAUAAUGACUUCUUUAACUUUCAUUGGCACAACUCAGAUCCUCUUGUUGACAAACGCCAAUAACAGACUCCAAAAAGCAAUGUAUAAAAAAUGCUGUAAUUUCUACAUGGUGAAACCAAAAUGCAUAAAAAUCACACAUUUUUUGAUUACAAUUCUAAAAUUGUGGAGUACAGGGCCAAAUCAAGAAAAAACAUUUCUUUGUCCCAUUAUUGAGCUCACUGUGUAUCGUAAUACAUUGAUAAAUUGCACAAGUUUUGAGCUAAUCAAUAAUCAAUCAUUUGUGUUGACUUCACAUGAAUUUAUCAAAUCAAAGAGAAUCAUCCAGGUAGAGCAGGGGUACAUAUGGCUUUGAUAUGAUGCGACUUGGGUUGCAAAGGGAAACUUCCCAAAAACUUUCUGGAAACUGUCCUUGGUAAAUUAAGCUCAGGAAUUUUGAAAACUGUUACCCAUUUUCAUUAUAAUUUGUUAACUUGUGAUAGUGAAUAAUUUUGGAGAGAAAUGCACCUAAAAAAGAUUAUUCUAGAUAUUGUGACAUAUUUUGGUUAUAAUAUCUCCAUCUAUUGGAAAUUCAGUUAAAUCGCAAACCUGCACUUUGUGAAUGUAUUUUUAAAAAAUCUGUGAAUAGAUCUGUCUUGAAAUUUAAUGGAUUAAGGCUGAAAAACUGAGUGUCACUCUAGAAAUGUGAAAUUGGAAACCCUCUUAUGAAUAAGCAUACCAGGAAAAAUACAGAAUCAUAACCAUAAUCUGUUAAACAAUAUUUUCCAUCAGAUUCUUUCAUGCACCAUGUUAUACAAGAUCAAAAUGAAAUGGCUACUGAGCCUCUCCUCAGCCUUCUUAACAUACAUUCAUGCAUGAAACUGAAAGCGAAAUACUAAAUAAAAAAUGACCAGGCAAAGGAAAUUAAGUCUCUUAACUGGAGAGAUUUUAAAAGGAAAGUUUUUUUUUUUAAAUGCAUUGUAUAUGUAAGGCUCUGAAUAAAUAUUUAACAGAAUAAAAACUUAUGUAAUUUAUGCCAUUAUGCCAUUAACUUAUGUAGUUUAUGCCAUUAUGAUGUGCCAAUUUCAUGUUUUUAUAACAAAUAACUAGCAUUAAGAAAAUAAAAAUACUGCAGGAUAUAUAGAAAUAAUUGUGCAUUUCCCUCUUAGGACAGGGUACUUAGGACAGGUAUAGGCUUUUUCUUUAGUAACCAUUUCCUACAUUGAUAACCAAGCACCACAGAAACUAGCAUACAAAUCCUUUUGCACCAGGUUCAGGGAAAAUGGAUUAAAUGUUUUGGCUAGCUGUUUACAAAGACAAUACAACACUGUUCUACCCACGCUGAAAUGUUUGAAUUAUUGCACUGUAUGUUGAGGAAACAAUAUAUUAUUCAUUGCUAAUAAAAAUUCUUAAACGUUUA